AUGGAGAAUGCUGAAGAAAGGCGCGCGCGCAACGCACAAUACGAAAGAGAGAGACGGGUUGAGACCGCAGAGGCAAUGUCAGAAUUAGCACUAGCUUUGGGGUGUGAACCUUCUGCUUCGAGUGUGGAUAUUUUGGCUACAGCUGUCGACGAAUUGCAAAGAAAGGAUAAAAGAGUGGACCCAUGUGAUGACAUAGUGGAGCUGAAACGCUGUAACGCAAAAUUGGCACAACAAAUCGAAGAUAUAGAAAAGAGAUUGUCCAACUUUGUGGACAUCGAAGGUAAAAAGAAAGAUAUUAUUAAACACGGUGGAGUCAGAAAGAUAGACAAAUUGAAGAAAAAACGUGCAUUACGCUCAGUAAAGGAUAAAUCAAAGCAUCAAUCGGUAAAGGAAUCCAAGAAGGAUAAAGUGACUUUCAUAAAUGCACCUCCUGUUAAGAUUGAACAAGCAAGUAGUGAAGAUGCGCUAAUUACGGAAUCAGAACUAGAAGUGGAGCCUCUUCAGCUCGAUUCCCUUACCGACUCUCCUGAAAAUUACGAACCGAUAGCCUUUCCCAAGGAAGCCCGCGCAAACAGUGCAAUAUCAGUCCCAGUAAAAUAA